ACAGGGCUGCUACCCAGGAGUAGGCUUCGUACUGCCAGGCUCCAGUGCUGAGCUGCAGACUACACGUCCCAGAAGGCCUUGUGACAGUACAUCUCUCCACGCCCCGCCCCCUCCCAGAGGGGUGAGGCAGGGCCAGAGGGCGGGGCCCAGCGGCUGUGAGUCCCGGGACGCAGUCUGGGGAGUGAAAAGCCCCAGGCGCUCUGGGGCGUACAAAGCGCAGGCGCAGCGGGUUGGGUGGCAGCAGCAUCAAGUAGCGGCCGUUUUGGCAGCAGCAUCCCGCAACAGGUGUAGACAGGUCCCGCCUGACUCCAUCCUGGAAAGUCCUUUUGAAGAAAUGGCCCUGGUGAGGGGCGGCUGGCUGUGGAGACAGAGCUCUAUCCUCCGCCGCUGGAAGCGGAACUGGUUCGCCCUGUGGUUGGAUGGGACCCUGGGCUACUACCACGACGAGACUGCACAGGACGAGGAGGACCGCGUGCUUAUCCGCUUCAAUGUUCGCAACAUAAAGAUUGGCCAAGAAUGCCAAGAUGUACAGCCCCCAGAGGGCCGGAGCCGAGAUGGCCUGCUGACCGUGACCCUACGGGAGGGCUCCCGCCUGCAUCUGUGUGCAGAGACCCAGGAUGAUGCUAUAGCAUGGAAGACGGCGCUGUUGGAGGCGAACUCCACCCCGGUGCGUGUCUACAGCCCGUACCAGGACUUCUAUGAGGUGGUGUCACCCAACGCACACGAGGCCACAUAUGUCCGCAGCUACUACGGACCGCCCUAUGCAGGCCCCGGCGUGACGCACGUGAUAGUGCGAGAAGAUCCCUGCUACAGCGCGGGCGCCCCGCUGGCCAUGGGCAUGCUCGCGGGGGCCGCCACUGGUGCGGCGCUUGGCUCGCUCAUGUGGUCGCCCUGCUGGUUCUGAGCCCUAAGACUUGGCGCGUGGACCCUGCGCAUAGAACAGACCCCUUUUUCUCCUUGACCGCUACCCUCCAACAUUCAAGCCCUGCCCAACUUUUGCACCUUCCUCUCCAUUAGCUCCUUCUGAGCUUGGAUUAUACCUCCUACUCACCCUCACUCCCAACAUCGCAAGCUAUUAUCCCAGGCACAAAUGCAACUCAAAAUCCUUGCAUAUACCGUCAGACAGCCCAGGUAUCCGUCACAGACAUAGAUAUGUUUCCCUCAAACACAUCAAGACACAGAAAACACAACUCAUGUGGCUUCAAGUUCUCAAGGUGCUGGAGACACAUGAUUUAGGUUCUUCCCUGGUGGCUCCAGGCCUGGUGGGGAAGAGUAAACUCUUGACAAGGUGGAGUUGUCAAUCCUUUGGCAGUAUGAGGGCAGAGUGAGAAAGGUAGGUUAGGAGUAAGAUUGCUGGCUGGAGUGCAGAGCCCUAAACAUCAUGGUACGUCCAAGGAAUUAAAGGGGAGUUCACUUGGGCUGGGGUGGAAGCAGGGGUCAGAUCAUGGUGCCCCUCCAGGCUAAGAAGCUUGCUGGGUAAGAGGUAGAUGAGUUUUUUUGGAGGGCAGUUUCAUGAUUGCAUGUAUAAUGAAUAUUUUGCUGUUUUGUUAAUACUGACCCAAACUCAAAACAUUCCCUGAGUUUAGCCCAUCCUUCCCACUACCAGCCUACUGAUCCCCUAUUCCUUCAGUGGUCAGAAAUCACCUAAUUCCCAUGUCAGGGUGCCUGGGGCAGCAACUGAGCUGAACCUGGGGUCCCCUUAAUUAGGGAGAUGAGAUGUUUGGGACUCUAGGAUGGUGCCUCCACCUGGAAAUGCACUUCUGCUCCCCAGAAGCUGGGUACUCUGUCCCUAGCUGUGGCCAACACCAUGUCAGGCUCUGUCUUUUCCUUCACUCUGGGGGAGAUGGGUUUUUAUUCCUGGGGCUCAAUCUACUUUUGUCUCAGCCCAGGAGGCCCCACAUAGCCUCCCUGCAGGCCCAGCAGUCUCUCCAUUUGGUCUCUUUCUAGUCUCCUCCCCCAUACUGUCCCAGUCACCAUAGAAAUGCAAACAUCCCUGCCAGAAUAGCCUGCUAAAGUUCCCCUGUAGAUAGGGGCUCCAGUGGCCCUGUUACAGAGACUAAUAAAGGUGUGGUUGGCUCUG